CAAAGCUGACAGGCAGCAGCGAGCCGAUAAUGGCUGCAGUCGAGGUGGCACUUUGAGGGCGCUGAGCUGCUCGGACUGACUCAAAACUGGUGAAUGUUACAACCACACGGACCGCAGGAGACACCGACUCUUUCGUAUAGCUGUAUCCCGACUUUCUAGCUGUCCGCCGGUGAGAUAAUGCCGCUUUCCUCGCGUGUCUGGACGGAUUCCUUCAGGCGGACGGUCAGCUGUUAUUAGCCGGGUUCGGUGCUCGUUAAAUGAGCCUCAACAGCGACUUUGCUUCGGAGGACAAAUAAAAAGUGGGAUUUAAAGUUCAUAACGUCUCGGCGGUUUAAAACCAACAGCUGAGCUUGAUGAGCGAGCUAACGUUAGCAUCUUUCGAGUCCAAGCUAAGCUAGCUCUUCCAGUCCUCCGCGGCCCCGCUUUGUUUUUGUUUGUUUUCCCCGGAACAUGUCAUCGUGGCUGGGUGGAAUCGGCUCCGGCCUCGGCCAGUCUCUGGGCCAGGUCGGCGGCAGCCUGUCGUCCUUCACCGGGCAGAUAUCAAACUUCACCAAAGACAUGCUGCUGGAGGGGAUGGAAGAGGUCGGAGAUGCUGCCACAGAACUCCAGGUGUCCAAUUCCAAGCUGGCUGAAGUCGAGACUGCGUUUGCUACUCAGAAAUCUGAGUACGACAGACUGAGGAAGCUUCAUGCAGAGCUCGAGGAAAAACUGGAGGCGUCAGAGAUCCAGAAUAAGCAGCAGUCUGCAGAGUACAGAACGCUUCUGCAACAGAAAGAUGUGGAGAUCAGCCACCUCAAAGCUCGGCAGAGUGGACUCCAGGAAGAAGUCCAGAAGCUGCAGCAGUCGGCCCAGUCAGCCUCCGUCGGCCCGGCGCUGCUGCCCGUCACCACCGCCUCCUCCACCACUACCUCCUCUUCUGCUUCCACCUUCCUGUCGCGUCACUCAGGGUCUCACCAGGGCUUCCACGGCGACGAAGUCGACCUCAGCGACGUUCUCUGGUCGCAGCAGGAGAUCAACAGGCUGUCGACCGAAGUGAUGCGUCUGGAGGCGGAAGUGGCGCACUGGAGGCGGAUGUCUCAGGCAUCAACAGCAGCAGGAGCAGGUAACGGCGACCAGGGUGAGAUUCUCAAACUGCAAAGGACGAUUAAGGAGCUACGAGACGAGAUGAGUCGUGAGGUGGACGAACAUCAGCAUGAACUGGCGGCUCUGCAGGACGCCCAGCGGCAGAAGAUGGCCAACGUGUCGCGGCGGCACCGAGAGGAGCUGGCAGAGUACGAGGAGAGGAUAGAGGAGCUGGAGGAGCAGAUCCAGAGUGGUGGUGGUCCAGCCAGUCCCUCAUCAGACGCCUCCAAACAGCCCGAGCUCCAGAAAAGCAUCCGGUCCCUGCAGGAAGCGGCAGAGCAGCGUGAGAAGCAGCUGGCCGAGCUCACCGCCAGCCUGGAGGAGGCUCGGAGGAAACAGGCCUCGCUGCAGCUGGAGAAGGAUGACGCCCAGGAAGAGAACGCCGGGCUGCUGCAGAACUACACCAGGCUGCAGGCGUCGGUGGCCGAGCUCCAGACACGAGUGCAAGAGCAGGAGGGGAAAGCUCUGCAGAAAGCUCAGCUAGAACAAGAGAUCCAAAUGUUGAGAAGCAACCUGACAGGUGCAGAAAAAGAAAUCGAGAGACUGAAAAGCCUGUCUGAAGCAGAACCAAAGGAAGAAGUGGAGCAUGCAGACAUCUUAGAGCUAAACACUAUUAUUGGGACGCUGAGACAAGAGAAGGAGGUCCUAGAACAACAAAAGCUUAAUCUGCAAGAGAGACUAAAAGUGGCAGAAGAACAAAUAAUUAGCAAUAAUGAAGCUGGUGCAGCGGAGUCACUGGAGGGUCUGAAGGUGGAGCUGGAGAAGAGAGAAAAGGUCCUGAGAGCCGCUGAGGAGGAACGAGACAACCUGAUGUCUGAGCUGGAGGAACUGGACCGGCAGAACCAGGAGGCAACGCAGCAUAUGAUCUCGGUGAAGGAGCAGCUCUCUGGACAGCUGAAAGAAGCCGAUGCAGAGCUGAAAAGAAUGACUGCGGAGCUCAGCACAACCAAGGACCAGAAAAAGUCACUGGAGCAAGAGCUGGAGAACCAAAAAGAGAAAAUGAGCCAGAGUGCGUUCACCCUGAAUGACCUGCAUAUGAGCAAACAGCAGCUGGAGCAGACGGUGAAGGAGCUGAAGGACAAACUGGGAAAUGCACAGGAGCAGAGCCGAGACGCUCGAAGAGAAGUCGGAGAACUGAAGAAGAUCCUGCAGGAGAAGGAGGAGCAGUUAUCCGCUACAAAAGCAAAGCUGAGUCUGGGACAAGAUAAGGUAACGGAGGCACAGGGAGCUAAAGAGGAGCAUGCAGCGAAGGAGAAGGAGUUAUCAGACCUCAGGAGAGAACUAGAUCAGAUGAAGAGCGCUCAAGAGAAGGUGAUGUCUGAGGGCUAUGAGUUGAAGAUGGAGAACAGGAGGUUGAAGGAAGACAGUGAGCAGACUCUGGGUAAAGCAGAGGAACUAGCCAAGCAGCUGAAGGAAAGCCAAGCUGCUCUGAAUAGGACUGUAAGAGAGAAAGAUACUAGAAUUGAAGCAUUAAAACUUGAGAAAAGCCAGCUUGAAGGUGAAUUGACUCAAGCGGAGAGGACACUAGCAGAACAGGUGAAACAGUACCAGCAGACCAUCGAGGAGCUGACUCGAGCUCGAUCCAUGGACGCCUCGGCUUUACAGACUGAGCACGAACGCACCAUCAGACUAAACCAGGACAAAGACUUGGAGAUAUCUCAGCUGAAGAGAGACAUGGAGCAGCUGGCGUCCGACCACAGAGACACCAACGAGAUGCUUUCGAUCACAGUCGCGGGACAGAAGCAGCUGACAGAUCUGCUGCAGGAGAAAGAUGCCUUCAUGGAGACUGUAAAACAAAACGCUGCAGAUUUACAAGCGGAGAUGGAGAACAGUAUUUCAGUCGUGACCAAGGAGGCUGAAACUCUCAAACAGGCGCUGGAGGAAAAGGACAAACAGCUUGGAGGCAUGAAGGAGGAGAACAGCCAUCUGAAAGAGGAGAUCGAUCGGCUGAGGGAUCAGCAGAGCAGACCUCAACCUCUGGCUGAGCCCAGGACUCUGGACAUCAUCACCGAGCUGGAGACGGAGAUCACCCAGCUUAAAUCUUCCAGGAAUGGUCUGGAUGAGGAGGUCCAGGCUCUGAGGAGAACCUUGGAGGAGCAGCAGGCUUCUCUCCUUCUGUCUCAGCAGACUCUGCAGGCUCAGCAGAGUGAGCUGGAACAGGCCCACGCUCGCCACCAGCAGACCACGCUCAACUACGACAGACUCAUCCACGCCAGAGACGAGGAGAUAACUCACCUCCAGCAGACGGUGGAUCAGCUCAGUGAGAGUCGGGGCCGGGCAAACUCCCCACCUGUUCAGGGAGACGUCAUCCUGCAGGAGGACAAGACCCAGUCUCUAAAUCAGGAGAACGGCAACGAGAAGCACGACCUGUCUAAAGUCGAAAUAGAAAAACUGGUGAAGGGCAUCAAGGAGAAAGAGACGGAGAUCAGCCAGCUGAACGAGAAGAAUCUAUCGUUGACCAGGCAGCUGGAUCAGCUGGUGGUUUCUCGCGAUGAAGUGGGCAAACUCUCCCAGGUGAUCCUGCAGAAGGAUCUGGAAAUUCAGGCGCUUCAUGCCAGAGUGUCGAUGGGCGGAGGACACAACCAAGACAUCAUGUUCUUACAGCAGCAGCUGCAGGCGUACGCUGUGGAGAGAGAGCAGGUCCUCGCUGUGCUCAACGAGAAGACCAGAGAGAACAGCCAGCUGCGCUCCGACUAUCACCGCCUCAUGGAUAUCAUGGCUGGGAAGGAGGCAGCGCUACUGAAGCUUCAGCAGGAGAACCAGCGGCUCUCCAACAUGAGCGAUCCCUCAGGAAGCCAAGAGAUGUUCAAGGAGACCAUCCAGAAUCUGUCUCGAAUUAUCCGGGAGAAGGACAUAGAGAUCGAUGCGCUGACACAGAAGUGCCAGACCUUGGUGACGGUGCUGCAGUCCUCAGGAGGAGAGUCCGGCGCCGGUUCUGGAGGCGUCAGCAGCAACCAGUUUGAGGAGCUGCUGGCGGAGAGGGACACGCUGAAGCAGCAGGUGAAGAAGAUGGAGGAGUGGAAGCAGCAGGUGAUCACGACGGUUAAAAACAUGCAGCACGAGUCGGCUCAGCUGCAGGAGGAGCUGAUCAAACUGCAGAGUCAGGUGUCAGCUGACAGCGACUGCAGCUCCAAACUCUCGGUGGACUACACUCGACUGAUCCAGAGCUACGAGCAGAAGGAGAGGAGGCUGGGAAGUCUGAGUCUGGAGCUCGCUCAGGUCCAGCAGACCAUCACCCAGCUCAGCUCCACCAAGGACGUCCUGCUGGGGAAACUGGACAGCGUUGCACAGACUCCUGAAGUCGCUCAGUCUAGUGCAGCCUCCCUCACAGCUGAAGCUCCGACCCAGCAGACGGCUUCACCUGUCGACGGCGACAAACUGCGGGAGGAACUUGAACGACUACAAGCGCAGUUGGCUGAGAGGGAAAACACCAUCAGGACUCUUCAAGAGAACAACCACCGACUCUCCAACUCGGCGUCCGCCUCCGAGAUCGAGCAGAGAAGUCAGGCCGAGGAGGCCCGACAGGUCAGAGAGAGACUGGAUGCCCUGCAGAGGUCGGUGAGGGAGAAAGACUUGCUCAUCAAAACCAAAGGAGACCAGCUAAUUCAAGUGAGCGAGUCACUACGCAACCGUGAGAACGACAACGAGGUGCUGAAGCAGGCCGUGACCAACCUGAAGGAGCGAGCGCUUAUCCUGGAAAUGGACGUGAAGAAGCUGAAGGAGGAGAACGAGCUGGUGGCUGCACGUUCUAGAGAGAAAGAGUCUGAGUUCAGGGCGCUGCAGGAAACCAACAUGCAGGUUUCCCUUCUGCUCAGAGAGAAAGAGUUUGAACUGAGCGCAAUGAGCGAGAAGGCUGCAACCGUGGAGAGGAUGCUGAAGGACAAAGAGCAGGGUAAAUCAGGUGAGCUGAAUCAACUCCUGAAUGAACUGAAGUCCAUGCAGGAGAAGGCUGUGUUGUUCCAGCAGGAGAGGGAUCAGGUGAUGAUGGCGCUCAAGCAGAAGCAAAUGGAGACCACAGCAGUACAGACUGAGCUGCAGCAUAUGAGGGAUAAAGAACAGCGUCUCAACUUGGAGCUGGAAAGGCUCCGUAACCACCUGCUGGAGAUUGAAGACUCGUACACUAGAGAGGCUCUGGCUGCAGAGGACAGAGAGACGGAACUACGCAGGAGGGUGGCGCUGCUGGACGAGAGACUGGCCACAUCCUCGAGUGCCGUGGAGAACGCCAGCCAACAGGCCAGCAUGCAGGUGGAGUCUCUGCAGGAGCAGUUAAUCAGUGUGGUGAAGCAGCGGGACGACGCUCUCGUCCAACUCAGGACCUCUCAGGAACAGGUCAACCAGUACGCAGUGUCACUGUCCAACCUGCAGAUGGUGCUAGAGCAAUUCCAACAAGAGGAGAAAGCCAUGUACUCAGCAGAACUUGAGAAGCACAAGAAGGAGAAGGAGGAGUGGAGAAGAAAAGCUCUGAAGCUGGAAGAUCAAGCAUCUGCUCUGCAGUUGAACCUGGACGAAGCCAACGCUGCGUUAGAUUCGGCGUCUCGUCUCACCGAUCAGCUCGACCUGAAGGAGGAGCAACUGGAAGAGCUGAAAAAACAAGUGGAUGUGAGACAGGAGAUGUUGGAGGAGGCGCAGAGGAAACUGAUGAACCUCCUGAACAGCACAGAGGGAAAGAUCGACAAGGUCCUGAUGCGAAACCUGUUCUUGGGAUACUUCCACACACCGAAAACCAAGCGUGCCGACGUGCUGAGGCUCAUGGGAAGCGUCUUGGGAUUGAGCCGAGAAGAUGUUGAUAAGAUGCUGGAAGAGGACAGUCGGCACGGCGUUACUGGAUGGAUGUCCGGCUGGCUGGGAGGCCGAGGAGCACAAAGCGUCCCGAACACUCCUCAGAGACCCACCAGUGGCCAAGGGCUCAACUCGUCCUUCUCAGAGAUGUUUGUAAAGUUCCUGGAGAUGGAGUCGACCCCGACACUGCCGGCACCGAAGCUCCCGGUUCACGACAUCAAGCCUCUGAGCGCUCCGCCUUCCAGAAGAACCAGCAGCGCCGCAGGAGCCGCAGCAGCCGGAAAGCGAGCCGGCGAGUCCAAUCCCUUCCUGGCUCCUCGCUCUGCCGCCGUGCCGCUGAUGACCGGCUCCAGCUCCGGCGGCCCCGGAGGUCACCUGCUGAUGAAGCCCAUCUCCGACGCUCUUCCCACCUUCACACCGGUGCCGGUGUCGGCCGAGGCCAGCGGCGGAGCCGUGCUCAAAGACCUGUUGAAGCAGUGAUCGCUUCAACAUGAGAUACACUAAACUGAGAUACUUGGGCAGUUUUGCUACCAGUUGCUGCUCUUUUUUCUUUUUUUUUUUUUUUUUUUAUUUCCUGCAAAAAUAAAUGACCAGAGACUUUGUAAAGGCUCAAUAUCACCAUUUUUUGAAGGGGAUUGAAAGUAAAGUUAGUUUUUUAAAGUCUGUUUUACUCGCAAUUUGCUGUUCUAUGCAACAGACUCUCCCUUUACACAUCAGUGCAACCCACAACAUUAACAAUGACGUGACUCCACAGAAAGGAUGCAGGGUGAGAAUGUUUUUAAAAUGUGGGUCAUUCAGCGUGCGAGUAACAGACUAGAUUUUCAAAAAAAAAAAAAAAAACACUUCUUUUGAUUACAAGUUACGUCUUAAGCUUUGAUCUUUACUCAUCGCUCCAGUUCUGAACACAAGUGACCUUGUAGACUCGCUGUGUGCAGCACGAUACAUGUGGGUUGAGUCUCAUCAUCGUCGUCGUCGCCUCCGUUUUUGCUAGAGGAAGCCUUCAGUUUUCAUCCAUUGACUUGCAUUUUAUUUCCUCGUCUUCGGAGUAGUUUUUCUUUUCAGCAGUGCAGCGAGCUGUUUCUGAUCCAGCACUUUGCCUAAAAGCUCUCUGGCGGCAGCAGCAGCAGACUGCGUACAGAUUUAUGUGGUUCAGUACAUCUGUUAAAACCAUAAAGACUUUUUUUUUUUGGUGCAAAGUCUUGUCUUUUCCAGACGGCCAGACUGUGAUAUGCAAUAAGCGGUGUAAUUAUGGCCAAAGCUGCUGACUGUGGUUGAUGAGAGACUGCUCUUAUGUUAAAGUACAGUACUAUUAUAUAGUUAUAUAUAUGUAAAUGAGUGGCGUAUUUUCCUAUUUAUAGGCACCAGAAGGCAGAAGAGAAGUGCCUGCAUUUUUUGCUAAUUAGAUAGUUGUAUAAUCAGGAUUGUAAAUGGUUAAUAUAAAUAUAUAUAUUUACAGAAAUGUAAAGACAAAGCUGCACAUUUAAGAGGCUAUACCAGACCAGAGAGUAACUGAGCUGCUCUACAUUUUUGUAUAGACAUCAAUCAGAAUCCGUUGCAGAAGGAAUGUUACAGGGUUUCAGGUGUAUUGAUUUCAAAAAUAAAAAAUGUAUCAACUGUAAAUUCUCAGAUUUUUUUUCUAGACCUCAACCUGGAUGAUCUUUAAUUGAGGAAUUGGAAUCAGAAAUCAAAUAAAGGUACAACUGCU